AUAAGCAUCGCAAACCGACGAAAGCCGCGCUAAACUUGGCAAGCCACACGAAAAGUCGAGUGAAGUCAUACCCCAAAGGGUGGAGGCCGGGCACGCAUGGAGCGCAGAACGGCGCGCGAGUCAGUUAGCGCAGAUGUCGUGCUCGCCCCAUAGAAAACACCAAACGUCUCGAUUGCCUCAACCUCCAUCGCUAAGGGGAAAAAAUUGGGUAACAAGCUUGCCAAGGAUCGCGGUGUCGUCCGAACUCUUAAGAUAUGUAGUCUCCACGUUGAACUGAGGCUCUUCACCUCAUCCCGUCUUUUCUCCCCUACUCCUUUUCCGCGUCAUCAUGUCGUCCACCUCCUUGUCUGAGCCCUCGGACUCGCUCAAGGCUUCUGGGCCAUUCUUCCGCUCGGUGCCUUUCCAAAUCUUGGUAGCAUGUGGUGUCUCGUUCACGGCCCCGGGUAUGUGGGAUGCUCUUGGUGGGCUAGGAGCUGGAGGAGCUGCUGAACCCUACGCUGUCUCCGCUGCCAACGCCCUGGUAUAUGGACUCUUUGCUGUGGUCUGUGUUGCUGCAGGAGCUAUCAACAACCGGAUCGGCUUGAAGUAUGGUCUUGCACUGGGUGCCAUUGGAUAUCCACUAUAUGGCGCAGGACUCUACACCAACAAUGUCUCUGCGAACACAUGGUUCAUGUUGUUUGGCAGCGCUCUUUGCGGUAUCUCCGCUGGUUUCUUCUGGGCUGCUGAGGCUGCUAUCAUCAUCGGAUACCCGUCUCCUGGAGACCGCGCGUUUUACCUCGCUAUCUGGCAGACCGCCAAGGCACUUGGACCGAUCGUAGGAGGAGCCAUCAAUCUUGGAUUGAACGCAAACAAGAAGACCACCGGAUCCGUUUCCUCGACGACAUACAUUGUCUUCAUUGUCAUCAUGUGUCUUGGUCUUCCGGUCGCUCUGUGCUUAUCACCAGCACACAAAGUUUGGCGAAGAGACGGCACACGGAUCGUCACUGAGCGCGCCGCAACGUGGGGUGCUGAGUUCAAGGCUGUUGGCAAGCUGUUCGUUAGCCGCCGGAUCUUGCUCUUGCUACCAGCUUUCUUCAUUAGCUACUUCUACAACGGCUUCAUGAGCACAUGGUUGACAACAUACUUCACGGUCCGAGCUCGCGCGUUCUCCUCGUUCUUCACCAACUUUGCCGGUAUCUUCUCCUCGUUCAUCAUCGCCUUCCUACUCGACAAUCAGAAGAUUCACAUCAAGACGCGUGGCCGCAUUGCCUUCUGUUGCAUUAUCACCCUCUUGGUUGGUACAUGGAUCUGGGCUACAAUCCUGCAAAAACAGAAUUACGAUGCAUCAGAGUCUCCAGUAUUUGAUUGGUUCCAAGGCGGCUUUGGAAAGAGCUAUGCGCUUGUUUUCUUCUGGCAAUUCGGUGGUCAGGCUUUCCAGCAAUUUCUCUAUUGGUUGGUUGGCCAGUAUGCGACGGACCUUUCUAACUUGAGCCAUCUUACCGGUAUUCUGAGAGGUGUGGAAGCGUUGGGUCAAACUGUUGCUUGGGCUAUGCAAUCAGAAGGUGGUGCGAACCACUUCGUCAGCAUUGGUAUCAACUUCGGCAUCACAGUGUUGUGCGUCUUCCCUACCUGGGUCGUAUUGUCAGAACUGGAGGGGAGCCACGAAGUCCGUGUUACAGAGGAGAUAGCAAAAGACAAGACUCUGAGCGAUACAGCUUGAUGUGUUGAGGCACUGAGCAGAAAUAUAUUACUUAUAUCCUUCACG